AUGGCAGCAGCGCGUGCAGCAGCUCUGGGGGCGAGGGCAGCUUGGGAGGGUUAUGGCAAGCUGGGCGGUGUCUCUGAACACAUAAAGGCGCUGCGAGAGCAUGUCACACUGCCCCUGAAGGCACCCCAGCUGUUUGAGCGCCUGGGCCUGAGGCUGCCCCGGGGCGUGCUGCUGCAUGGACCCCCCGGCACCGGCAAAACGGCACUGGCAUGCGCUGCAGCCGCCGACGCGGGCGCCACGCUGUUUGUGCUGAACGGCCCCGACAUCAUAAGCGAGUAUGUGGGCGAGAGUGAAAUCGGGCUGCAGGGAGUGUUUGCAGCGGCCAGAGCGGCUGCGCCGGCUGUGAUAUUCAUAGAUGAGCUGGACUCGCUUGCACCGGCGCGGUCGCGCGGGGCACACAGUGCCGCUGCAGAUGAGAUGACUGGCCGGGUGGUCUCCACGCUCCUGGCUGCCAUGGAUGCAAGAUCAGGUGCAGAUGGGGUCAUUAUUGUGGCGGCAUCGAAUCGGGUCGACGCGGUUGACUCUGCGCUGCGGCGGCCGGGCCGCUUUGACCGCGAACUUGAAGUCAGCGUUCCCUCCCCAGCAGGCCGCCUAGAAAUCCUCAGAGUUAAGCUGGAGGAUAUAAACCACAACCUGUGCGAGGAAAACAUCUGCGCGCUGGCCGCGUCCAGCCACGGCUACGUGGGCGCGGACCUUGCAGCGCUGUGCCAGGAGGCCGCCAUGUGCGCGGUGCGGAGAGUGGUGCGGCAUCGGCAGCAGGGCAGCGCUUCCGUUAGGGAGAUUCCCCUCCCAGUGACCCCGUUGGACUUCCGGGCGGCGCAGACGCGGGUGCGGCCGAGCGGCAUGCGCGAGGUGGCACUGGAGCUGCCCAGCGUGACCUGGGCGGACGUGGGCGGCCACGCGGCCAUAAAGCAGCGCCUGAAGGAGGCCGUCGAGUGGCCGCAGAAGCACCCCGAGAUGCUCGCCCGCAUGGGAGCCAAGGCACCCAGAGGAGUGUUGCUGUACGGGCCGCCCGGCUGCAGCAAGACUCUGCUGGCACGAGCGGUGGCCAGCGAGUCUGGCCUGAACUUCCUGGCGGUGAAGGGCUCCGAGCUGUUUUCCAUGUAUGUGGGAGAGAGCGAGAAGGCCGUGGUCACCCUCUUCUCCAGGGCUCGUGCAGCGGCGCCUUCCAUCAUUUUCCUGGAUGAGGUGGAUGGCCUGGCAGCUGCGCGAAGUGAGCACAGGUCUGAGAGCGGCGGCCCAAGCGUCAGCGACCGAGUCCUCAGCCAGUUGCUGGUGGAGAUGGAUGGCAUCCAGGCGCGCGGCGAUGUGGUGGUGAUAGCAGCCACGAAUCGGCCAGACUUGGUGGACGCUGCCCUGCUGCGGCCGGGCCGCUUUGACUCGCGCCUCUAUGUGCCGCCUCCAAAGGACUCUGCCGACCGCGCAUCAGUCCUCGCCGUUUUGACGCGGGCCACACCGCUGGCGGCAGAUGUUGAACUGGAGGCGCUUGCAGACUUUACUCCCGGGUACACAGGGGCGGACUUGAGCGCUCUUGUGCGUGAGGCAUCCAUGAAAGCUUUGCAGGAGGACAUCGACACGACAGAGGUUGCAAUGAGGCACUUCUCUGCAGCUUUGCUCGAAAUCACACCCAGCCCAUGCGUAUCUGGGGUAGAGCUUGAUAUGUAUGGGAGGUUCCAACAAGGAAUUCAAUGA